AGAGUUAUGAAAGUAGUUUCCUGAGUCACAGUUGAUGAAUGUCAUUCAUUAUCGCUCUCAUUUCGCUGAAGUUGCGUAAGAUAACCACAUCAAAGGCUUUGAGGGGACAUUCACAGGAAUCAUGCUGGGAUCAGUUGUUGUUGGAAUUGGAAUUGCAGGAUCUGUGAGGAUGAGAGAUUUACUGGCUCCUCUCUCGUCCAGCGCCGCAGAACAGCUCAGCAUCAGAGGCUUUGUGUCCAGGAGGAGUCUUGAAGACCAGCAGGGUGUGAAGCAGAUCAGUAUGACUGAAGCGCUGAGCAGAGACGACAUCCAUGUGGCAUUUAUAUGCACAGAAAACACCAGCCAUGAAGAGAACAUCAGGCAGUUUCUGGAGGCAGGAAAGCAUGUGUGUGUGGAGUAUCCCAUGACCCUCAGCCACACCACUGCUGUGGAUCUGUGGAAUCUGGCUCAACAGAAGGGUCUGGUGCUUCACGAGGAACACAUCGAGCUCUUCACUCCUGACUUCAAACAGCUGAAAAAAGACAUAUCUGGAAAAACACUGGAGGAAGGAAAGCUGCACUUCACUGGUGGUCCUCUAAAGGCAAACUUUGGCUUCCCGUCUUUCAGUGGUAUCGCCAGACUGACAUGGUUGGUGGAUCUGUUUGGAGAGCUCACAGUUACUUCAGUAGAUCUGGUGGAAGAGAAAGAGAACAAGUACAUGAAGAUGACGGCACACUUACUGACUCAACAGCACAAGCCUCUGACGUGGAUUGAAGAACGGGGUCCGGGUCUGGGCAGAGCCAAACAUGUGGAGUUUCGCUUCCAGGACGUGACGAUCACAGAGCUUCCAGCAGGUCAGCGUGAGCCGGUAGGACUCUUCAUGCAGGAUCUGCUGCUGUUCAGCCGGAAACUGCUGGGGGAAGUUUCAGCUGCAGAGCUCCAGGCGGAGAGAAACAGGAUCUUACACUGUCUGGAACUGGCAGAGCGCAUUCAGCAGAUCACAGAAAACACUCAUGCCUGAACAUUCAUUAACACACACUACCAGACAGUAACUCUGUUGUGGCAUAUAUAGCCUGUGUAGAGACAGACAACUGGAGUGCUAAAUCAAAUUAAAAUCAUUACAUAUAUAGGUUUUUUUUUGCUUUUGUUGAUUUGACUGUUUAAUAAUAAUGACAAUGUUUAAACGGGGUCAUGAUAGUAAUUAAUGAUUACUAUAUUUAAAGUUAAAGUUAUGAAGCUAAAACCAUUACUGGAAAUAAAAAACUUUUAGUGGUACUAAAGUAAAUAAGAAGAGAUAGAACACUUUUAUUUAUGCUGAGCAAGAAAUUAUACUAAAAUAUCUAAUAUACUAAAGCACUAAAAUAUCUAUCAUCAAAAAAAAAAAACUAAAAUUAAGAUGAAAUACUUAAAAAUAAAAAUGACUACAUUCAUUCUUUUAUAUACACUACCUGACAAAAGACUUGUCGCUUUUCCAAGUUUUAGGAACAACAAUAACUUGACUUCUAGUUGAUCAUUUGGUAUUAAAAGUGGUUUAUAUGAAAGGCAAAGGCCUCUAGAUUAUGCUUAUUUUACCAAAAUAAAAUAUGAUCAUGCCUUGAUUUUUAAUGAUUUAAUUAGGACAGUAAGGUCUGACUGCUUAGAUAAAAGUCUUGUCACUUAACAGAAAUAAUGUCCAGUAUAGAAUAUAAAGUCAUGCUGCAGUGGAAACAGAAUUAAUAUUGUGUAUGACUCCCAUGAGCUUGGAGGACUGCAUCCAUACAUCUCUGCAAUGACUCAAAUAACUGAUUAAUAAAGUCAUCUGGAAUGGCAAAGAGAGCGUUCUUGCAGGACUCCCAGAGUUCAUCAAGAAUCUUUGAAUUUAUCUUCAAUGUCUCCUCCAUCUUACCCCAGACAUGCUCAAUAAUGUUCAUAUCUGGUGACUGGGCUGGCCAGUCCUUGAGCACCUUGACCUUCUUUGCUUUCAGGAACUUUGAUGUGGAGGCUGAAGUAUGAGAAGGAGCGCUAUCCUGCUGAAGAAUUUGCCCUCUCCUGUGGUUUGUAAUGUUAUGGGCAGCACAAAUGUCUUGAUUCCUGUCGCCAUCCACUCUGCUGAUCUCUCACACGCCCCCAUACUAAAUGUAACCCCAAACCAUGAUUUUUUUGCUUUACCAAACUUGACUGAUAUAUACGAGAAUCUUGGGUCCAUGCGGGUUCCAAUAGGUCUUCUGCAGUAUUUGUGAUGAUUGGGAUGCAGAUCAACAGAUGAUUCAUCAGAAAAAUCUACCUUCUGCCACUUUUCCAAAUGAUAAACUAGAAGUCAGGUUAUUAUUUUUUGCUCUUACAACUGAGACUUUUGUCAGGUAGUGUAAAGUCAAUCCCAAAAUUAUUUAUACCCCUGGCAAAUUCUGACCUAAAGUUACUUUUAUUCAACCAGAAAUUUUAUUUAUUUUUUUGACCGGAAAUGACUCUCUCACUCUAGGGUUGAGUUGGGAAAUGUCCUCGAGCCGGGAUUCGAACUCGUGAUGCCCUGAAGUGCUACUGCACCAUGUGUCAGCACGCUAACCACUAGGCUUUUAUUUACCUUUGAACAAAAAGUGGCUGUCAGAAUUUGCCAGGGGUAUGAAUAAUGUCAGGCUUGACUGUAUAUAAAGUGAUGAAUGUAGUUGAAUGCUUGACUGUCCUUUCAACAGACGUUUGUUUGUAAACACAGUUAAUGUAGAGCUUUUUGUGCCCUUUUCAGAUUCUUUUUUUUUUUUUUUGAUCAUGCAAAUAUAAGUAACAACCUUAUUGACGUAAAGAUAAGUCUUUGAUAAGGAAAUUCAGCUCAUAAUAUGGUGUUUAUAUGCAGCCACUGCACAUUCCUGAGUAUUGUCAACUCAAAACCUUAGUUCUAUAUUAACAGUGCAUGGCUAAUUUAUAGUUUAACAGAAAGGGAAGAGUCGUGUAGGUGUUUAGUAUAUGACUUAAGCUGCGGUCACACCAGAAUUUGUGCUGGCGAAAUUCUGUCGUACGGCACUGAAAGGGGGCGGGAUAUAAUAAUGUGAUUAUAGAUUGAAGAAGCCUGUGAUUGCUCCAUAUUUUACAUUUCUGUACAGAGAGCUCACGUUUUGAUCUUACGAGAUGCAAUUGCACAGGUCAGAGUUCACCAAGUUUGAACAUUUGAACACAGUGAAACACGUCAGCUGCAUUCGCAUGCGUAUGACUGGAAGUCUAUAGGGCGAAAUGUGCAGUGCAACCGCGGCUUAAUAGUCAUAGGUUAUAGCAAAACACCUGCACCAAGAUUCACAUAAAAGUUUCAGACAAAUUCAGUGAUUUCCAGUGAUUCAAUGAUACAGUUCUGUAUUGCUGGUUUGUUUGCUCUGAACUAUGUUUUAUUUAUAUAUUUUGUAGUUCUAUGAUGAGCUAAAAAAGCAUUCAUUCAUGCUUUGAGCAACAUAGGUUUCUCAUCACUGAUGUUGUGUAAAUGUGUGUAUCAAUCAUCUUUUUCUGUUUCUUUAUGAGGUCAAUGAGGAGAUUUCUGGGAAAGCACUGAAUGAGCAAACGAAUGUGAUGCACAUCGAGAAAGCUACCUUUUUACCUUUGUCUUCAUAUUUCUGUUACUACGUUCAUGAAUUGUUUGCUUUAUUGGUUUAUUUGUUUAGCUGAAAAUAAAUGAACAGCAUGUGCUUCAAAUGAAAACUUAACUUCUUUGCUUUUGACUACUGCAGAGAAUCGAUUUGUUAACAGUAACAAGUUACAGUAAGCUACUGUUAUUCAGAAAUCAAUAUACUAACAAGAAAGAAAAUGAGCAAGAGAAUUGUUACAGCUUUUUACCAACCUUGUCCUUUGUUAGUUCAAUGAAAAAUACUGACAGAUACAAUUUUUUAAUUGUAAUAAUACAAUAUUAGAUGUUGAAACUAAUGUGAACU